UCUCGUUCGAUGGACUACUGCCAUCUUGAAGAUCCCUGCUCCGUCACGAAUUACCAUCCCGAAGCCAGUGCCCCCUUCAUGAAGAAUUGCAGCAUCGACGUUCACUUUGAAAGUUCCAGCGGUUGGUCUCUCCCAUCUGUAAUCCUGUUUCUCCGAUGUCGCUGGGUCCCACUGUUCGCCAAUUUCUUUGAAAAAAGAGGGCUGACAUCCCAU